AUGGACGACGACAGCAAGAGUGAACCCACGGUUAGUCCCAAACAGAAAGAGUUCUGUCUCCGUUGUAACCAAAGUGAAGGGGCUGAAUCAUCAAGUGCAAAACGUGGGAUGAAGGACGAGGAGCACACUUCGUUCUGCAGAUCUGGUGACGCCGUGGGAAUCGAUGCUGUCGAUUCAACAGUGAAUAUAGCAACUUCAUUCGCCGAAUUAAGGGAUGCAAAACUACAAGAGAAGAUCGCUUUUGUUCAAGCCAUCGCACGAAGACAGGAUGUGAUUUUCGGAGACGGUGUUAAUUACUCCAUCAAAGCUAAAGAAGAAGCAUGGAGAGAAGUAGCAAAAGAGGUGGAAGGAAUGGGUUUGAAGUCAUUCAUUGGGAAAACUUGGACGCGCUUACGAGAUCAUGAUUGGCAGUAUGUUCGACGUCAUGCUUUGGCUCGUUGCGAAAAUAAUUACAGACCGUCUGGGAAGUUGGGGGACCUGGACCGUCUUGUUUUGACGAUUAUCAGUAACUUCAACUCUAGACUCUCUGCAGAUCACUGCAGUGAGCCACCACCAUACGAUACGGCUUUCGAUGAUCUUGAACUUACCAACGAGAGUCCCGAGAUGAAGACGGAACCUGGUUGCUCGCUAGAAACAAACGUACUAUCAAGUUGUUUUGACGAAUCUGCUCGUUCUCAAGUGGCUGAGCGUUUAUCUGAUCAGUCAUGGUCGGCUCAGUCUGGGAAUUGUAGCGAAACUGGUUGUGCACACUUUCAAAGAACCAAGAGCGAAAGGGUUGCCUCCACUCCGCUUUUGCCACAGCGUGGAGUCUGUUCGAACAGUUCAUUUUUGACACCGGUUGAACGUAGCCUGAGGGCUAGGGCUCACAGCUCAACGCAGAACUUUUCGGAUGUCGGUGAUAGGGCAGAUACGGUUCGUUAUUUACCGGCUAAACGUCUAAGAACAGCAGAUGGAACCAGCGGUGACGACCACUACCUUCGAGAUAAUUCCGAGUUUUUGCAUCGUAGACAACAAUUGGAAUUGAGAAGAAUGGAGCUUGAGAACGAAAAACUUGAAAAGGAAAUUCAGCAUCUCAUAAAUCAGGAGAAAAGAGCCAGGGAAUUGCACAAUAUCGAACUGAGACGAGCUCGGUUUCAGUUAGUGAUGAUGGGCGCGGAUCUGCUGCAGGAACCGCAAAGAGAAGAAUGA